UCAACAGCGAUUCCUGGGACGACGACGACGACCACGAGCACUAACGACAUACUGCGUGAUACACACACACACGCACGCCUCUCAGCAUACUGUCUGGCGUACCAUAUCUUCCAUUAGCAGAAGCUCAGCAUGGCCACUCACAAGCCGUACGACCAGGUAUCCAAUGUUGAGGACGAUGACCUGAUAGACCCCGAUGAUGCCGACCUCAACGAGUUCGACGACCCCCUCGGGAACCAAUCAUCGUCCUCGCGCGCCCCCCUGACGGGCAACAUCGGCAGCAGCAGCAGCAGUGGCGGCGGCGGCGGGGCCUCGGGCUCGCGGCGGGCGCCGCUCAGCGAGAACUACCUGACGUCGCGGAUACCGGGCGAGGACCGGGCGGCGGCGCAGAACACGAUCGACGAGUCGGUGUGGGAUACGGUGCGGCGCGACCUGCUGGCGGUCUGGGGCAAGAUGCGCGAGGUGCUGUACCCGCGCUACCUCUUCGGCGGCACCAUGUUCGAGUCGUCCGAGGGCAUCCGCGGCGCCUACGCGAACGUGCGCACGGCGGGGCUCUCGGGCACCCGCGACGAGCUCGCCGGCCUGGCCGGCCGCGUCCUCGACCCGGAGACGCUGCUCAACCAGAGCAACAUGACGCCCGGCCUGCGCGACUGGGACCUCUGGGGCCCCCUCAUCUUCUGCCUGCUGCUCAGCCUGCUGCUCAGCUUCAACGCCACGAGCGCCCAGAAGGACGUCGUGUUUAGCGGCGUCUUCGCCAUGGUCUGGAUCGGGGAGGCCGUCGUGACGCUGCAGAUUAAGCUCCUGGGGGGCAACAUCUCCUUCGCGCAGAGCGUCUGCAUCAUCGGCUACACGCUGUUCCCGCUCGUCAUUGCGUCUCUGCUUUCGGCCUUUAACCUCUACUGGGUUGUCCGCAUCCCCGUCUAUCUGGUGCUCAUUGGCUGGGCCAUGGCCGCGGGCGUGAGCAUCCUAGGCGGGAGCGGCGUCGUCAACAACCGGGUUGGCCUUGCCGUAUACCCGCUCUUUGUCUUUUACCUGGGGCUAGGCUGCUUGUGCUUCAUCAGCUAUCCCGCCCCGAGCUGAAAAUUUCGCUUGGUUCGGUGUUGCUUCCUGGGGAUUGUGGCCUGGAGGGUGUAUCAGUGCAGUGACUUUUCUUCCUUGUUCUUUCUAAGCUGUUGUGAGCUGUACGAUCGCCAGAUUCCCAGUUAUGGAACCAAAAUGGAACGUCGGGUCUUUUUGCUAAAUUCUCAUGCUUCGCUAUCAUUUCAGCGGUAGACGGCGGCUCAAUGACAUGCAGUCCUUCUGUG